GUGACGUCAUUUCCUUUGCUGCUUUAACCCAAGGAAACCAAACAGUUAAACGAGAAACAGCCAAAGUGUGAAACUGUGGCUACUACAUCAUUUUAGACUAACCCAAUAAUUGUGCAGUGUUUUGAGGUUAGUGGCAUUUGGACGAGACCAAUUGGUAAAAUGAUAGGGACGUGUCGCUAAAUUUAAAGUAGCAGCCUGGGGGGAUUGCCCUCAAAAGUGUAGCUUUAAGCUAGCGAGCUAACACGCGGCCAGGACAGCGUUUAACAUCGUUUUUCAUUCAGUCUACAUUUUGUCUGCAUAAAGACGAGAGAUUUAGAUUUCUUCGGGACCGUGUGAAGGCCCCACCACCAUAAGCCUCUGUGUGGAUGGGGAAAUAGCUAGUUAGUGUAGCCGAAGAGGUUACCAGCUAGCAGUCCUAUUCAACAUGGAGGAUGAAGAGGUUGCAGAAAGCUGGGAAGAGGCAGCGGACAGCGGGGAAAUUGAGAGGAGACUUGAGGCAAAGUUGAAAAUAAAUCAGGAGGCCAAGAAAUCUAGCUUGGGUUCAGCUGGCUCACCUGUUCGAACUGCUAUUGUAAUCCAGGAUGACUCUUUGCCUGCAGCCCCUCCACCACAAAUCAGAAUUUUGAAACGCCCCUCAAACAACGGUCUUGCAGGAAACUCCGCAUCCUCAAAUCGUCCCUCUCAGCAGAUGAAAUCUUUGGCCCAACGCGAGGCAGAGUAUGCAGAAGCCCGGAGAAGGAUUUUGGGUAGUGCUUCUUCGGAUGAGACGCCUCAGGACAAUCCAAGUCAGGACAGGCCAGCUCGCAUGAGUGCUCAACAACCAUCUGAACCAGUUCGUCCAAACAAUCAUGUGAUCCGCCAGCCCACCGGGCCAGAUGGCACCUCAGGCUUCCGACUCGGCAGAUAAACAGGAGCUACCUUAAGCGAGAAAUCCACUGUCUCCCUGAGAAGACAUAGAAGGGAAUGUGUGUGGUAUGAAGAGAAGAGUGGCAGUGACACAAAUGUUGAACAGACAUUAGAAACAUGAAGACGUAGCAUGAACUGAAGAACUUCUCGAAACCCUCUCUCUACUCUGCUUACUGACAUGGUCUUUGCCUUUCACCCAGUCUUUUUCCUGUUGUGGAACUUUACAAGGGGCUGGCAGAGAUCAGCCAAAAGAUCUGAAACCCCAGCUGUUCCACAAUGUGAACAGGCUUUGGCCUCACAUCCCUACACACUGUGAUACUUUGAUGUACCAUGAGGUGCCCUAUGAUUUUUAGUAUGAUUGGCCAGCCAGGUGCCGGGGCGUCAGGUGUCUGUCUCUUCUACGAGACUAAGGAGAGUUUGUGAACCUGCGGGAUUUCCGCAGACACAGCAAACUUGAUGAGUGAGCCAUUCCAUGGCUAGAGCGAGGAUCAGGGCUGGGUGUCCAGCAGGCCACAGUUUGUCAUGUUCAGUGGAAACUAAGUGCUUGACAGUGCAGAGAGUUACUGUAUGUUCACCCGCUUCAGUGCAAAGUGUUAGGGGGUCAAACUGAUCCAACCCUUGAGGAGAAUUGCACUGUGCUUCAAAGUGUGUUUUAAUACUGUGGAGGCACAGACCAGCUAGUUCCGCUCAUAGCAAAUGCCUGGUGGGCACACAGCCUUUGGCCAAAGAAUACAGAAAGCAAGGAGAGAAUGUCACAAAAUCUAAGUUUAUUCAAGCAAUAAUAAUGAAUUUACUCCCUGGAUUAUUUUAUAUGCAUCGCCUAAAUACUUGUGCUGUUUCAAAUUAGUUUUAGUUUUAAAGUUUACAUUGUUUUCAUAUUUGUGAUUUAUUUUUUUUCUGUAUUUGAGUCAGAAGAUCAGUAGUGAACCAGACAUUAGAUCAUGUAGCCUGCAUAGCUUUUGGUAGUGUUAUAUGAAAUUUUAUCAAAUUGAAAAGAGUACAACCUAUUCAGGAAUUGAAAAUCUAAAGUUGUCGGUCAAGUUUGUCCCUGUGUGUUUUUGAUCUGAAUAGCUAAGAAGAAACUUCUCGUAGAGCCAGCUGCACUGCAUAAGGCUAAAAAAAAGACUGAGCUGUUAUUUUGGAUGCGAUGCAGUUGCUUUGUGAAUAGUGCUAUUAAAAAUAUGAUAUUGAGUAUCUCAAAAAUAAACCUCAGAUUCCCAACAUGGAGGAUGAUUUAGCCACAAGAUAACUACUUCAUUUUGUUGGGGGUGGGGGAUAAGUCAGGAGAAUUUGUGGCAGUACAACAAUGAUAGAACUGAUUAACACUCACAUCUAUAUCCACUUAAGAAGGAAGCCAAAUUCUUCUGCCUGGAUUUAGUGAAUGUGAUGUUUUCAAAUAAAAUGAUUUUACACCAUUAGUUUAUCUGCCACCAGAUGUGAAAGUAAAUGUUUGCAAAACACAAAGUCAUUGAUCUCAUAAAAUACUGAUGGGGUAACCAUGCAGACAUGUUCACAGUAAAUGAACCUUUACAACUUCUGAACCUUUUAACACUUGAAUGCCUUAAAUUACAAAUGAUCCACAGUUUCAUAUGUGCACUUUCAAAUGUUUAGUGCUCAUUAAUCUUGUAAAAGGUUUUUAACUCCAUAAAAUAAAUAUCACGUCAUGGAGGCAUUGUUUGUAUCUGCGAUUAGCAAAGGUUUUAGGGUGAUAAGAAUCAACGGUCAUGUAUGGUGCAAUUGUGCUUUUCUUACAAAGGAGCUCCAUGAGACUGUGUUUGAUCACAAAUAUGUCCAAAUAAAGAUCCAGCAUCAGUUUACUAUCGCUUGUAGAACUCAGUGAAUUAAAUGAUGUAUAACAGUAAAUUAAACAAUUCUCUUCUACACAGCAACCAAGUAAUCAUUGUGGCUCAAAUGUCUUCAUUUCUAUCACUAAUUCCAACCUCACUCAACCAAUGUCUGGCAGUUGAAGUUACCUUUUAUUGUUGUUUCAUGACAUAACUGUAAGUUGUCUAUUUCCGCCAAAAAACAACAUCAAUAUUUCUGGAUUUCUAAGAUAGUACAUUGCAGCAUUCAAGAUUUUUGGCCUUAAUACACUGUUCACAGGGAUCAGGUUCAACUCUUGAAAUAAAAGAGAUUUGUAAUCAUUUUAAAUUGAUAAUUGUAAUCAAAUAGCCAUUCAGUGAUCUAUCAAGUUUUGUUUCAGUCAUUCACACUAAUCUGUCCAGUUUUGCUGUCAGUGUUAUAUUGAAACUUGAAGAAGUCAAAUGACAUUUGAAUACCCUUUAAUAAACACACUUCAAAAAGAGAA